ACUAGUUAUAGACUCGGGCUCCACGCCCGAGAGGGUUAAACCUUUUUUCAUGUUACCGAGCGGCUUAUAAGGAGGGGGAGGCCAAGCCUCCGCCUUAUUGAGAGCCUUUGGGGGUUUAUUCUCUUCCCUUCUAACUUGAUUAAGAAUGACCCAAAAGAAAUCAAAACUUUGUUCCACAGUCAAUGUGUAUACUCAAGUGCCUGAUGGAGGAUGGGGCUGGGUAGUAGCUGUUUCUUUUUUCUUCAUUGAAGUCUUCACCUAUGGCAUCAUCAAGUCAUUUGGUGUCUUUUUUACCGACUUAAUGGAAGUUUUUAAUGAAUCCAACAGUAGGAUCUCGUGGAUCAUAUCAAUAUGUGUGUUCGUCUUAACAUUUACAGCACCCCUGUCCACAGUCCUGAGCAAUCGCUUCGGACACCGGUUGGUGGUGAUGGCAGGAGGGCUGCUGGUCAGCACUGGGAUGGUAGCGGCCUCCUUCGCACAAAAAGUUUACCAUAUGUACAUCUUCAUUGGGGUCAUCUCAGGUUUCGGAUACUGUUUCAGUUUUCUCCCAACUGUCACGAUUCUGUCGCAGUACUUUGACAAGAGACGCUCAGUAGUCACCGCCGUUGCUUCUACAGGAGAAUGCUUCGCUGUAUUUGCGUUUGCACCAGCCAUCACGACCUUGAAGGAGCACAUCGGCUGGAGGCACAGCCUCCUCUUCGUGGGUCUCCUACAGUUGAACAUCAUGGUGUGUGGGGCCCUGCUCAGACCAGUUAUUAUCAGAGCACCAGGCUCUCCCAAAACCAUCUCUCAUGAACACCGCAAAGAAGUGCAAUAUAUGCUUGAAAAUGAGAAAACAAGAACCUCAAUUGACUCCAUCGACUCAGGAGUGGAACUAACUACCUCACCAAAAAACGUGCCUAGCCACCCUAACUCAGAGCUAGAAUCCAGGGGGGACCAGCAGCAGACCCUAGUGGCCGGCUCCAAGCACAAGGAGAAGAAAGCCCCGUUGUUAGACUUCUCCAUCUUGAAAGAGAAGAGUUUCAUCUGUUAUGCAUUAUUCGGGCUCUUUGCCACAUUGGGCUUCUUCGCACCUUCUCUGUACAUCAUCCCAUUAGGUAUCAGUCUGGGUAUUGAGCAGGAUCGUGCUGCAUUUUUAUUGUCAACAAUGGCAAUUGCUGAAGUGUUUGGCAGAAUCGGAGCUGGUAUGGUGCUCAAUCGAGAGCCCAUCCGCAAGAUCUACAUCGAGCUCAUCUGCGUCAUCUUACUGACCCUGUCUCUGUUCGCCUUUCCUUUUGCGACAGAAUUUUGGGGUCUCACAUCAUGUAGUGUAUUCUUUGGGCUCAUGGUUGGAACUAUAGGAGGGACUCACAUCCCGCUGCUGGCUGAGGAAGAUGUGGUGGGGAUUGAGAAGAUGUCUUCAGCAGCCGGCGUCUACGUCUUCAUUCAGAGCAUCUCGGGGCUAGCAGGGCCACCCCUGGCAGGUCUGCUGGUGGACCAAAGUAAGAUAUACAGCAGGGCUUUCUACUCCUGCUCGGCUGGCAUGGCCGUGGCUGCCGUGUGCCUCGCCCUGGUGAGACCAUGCAAAAAGGGACUGUGCCGGACCCCUCCGUCAGGUGAAACCAAGACAGAGAGCCAGCGUGGGAAGACACUACAGGACAUACCUGAGGACUUUCUGGAAAUGGAUCUGGGGAAAAAUGAGCACAGAGUUCAUGCGAAAAUGGACCUAGUAUGACACAUUUUCGUGUCAUGGCAUCCGCCCUGUGGCCUGAGAAGCAGGGGAGCCUUGGAGAGAUGGGGAAGCAGAGAAGGCACUGGACGCCACUUUCAAGGGAAACGUAUAUGCGAAUAGCACUACCAACACCUUUCUUUUCCCUAAGUUUUCCUUUUUGCUUUUUUUUUUUUAAAAAAAAACCAAACCAAACAAAAACACCCACUUUCCCCCUUAUAAUCUAGCUCUGUUCUGUAGCAAUACAAAGAUAUAUCUAUAUCUUUUGUUUACAGUGUUAAAAUAGUGACAUGAAUUGGGCAAAUGGUCACUGUAAAAGCACUGAACUGGGGGGGGGGAACUAUUCUCUGAAAGGACAUUGGCCAUUCCAAAUUAAAACCCAGUGAAGUGUUACAAAAUUUCCUAAUUUUCAGAAAUACAAGUUGUUUUUAUAAGACAAUUUGAGAAGAAGACUUUGAGGUUUCUAUUAACAAAUCAUGGCCUCUGAAUUUUUCCAAAUAUUACGUAGAAAGUAGUGGUGUUUAAAGCCCAAUGUUUGAUUAAUAUGCAAAAAAUAAAACCACAUAAUAGCAAAUAUAACUUGAACUUCAUAAAUGUGAAGAUUUCUUUAUGGCCAGUCAGCACCAGAUGUAUUUUGAUACAGAAGAGACUAAAUUACAUUAAAAAAUGUGUUUCCUGUUGCUUUUAAUUUUUCAGAAAUAUGUGAUUAUAGUGUCUUUAAUUUAAACCACUAUUUAUUUUUUAAGUUAUUCUAGGAUGAUUCAAGGUAAUCAAAAGAAAAAAAGAGGUAAUCUGCAAAAUGUUUCUUUUUUACCUCCUUUCCACAGUCCUUUAAAUGUCUAGAAGAAUCCUUCUUAUCUUAGAAAGUUAUCUCAUCAAAGGCCAAGCUAUAAUGAUUCUUCAGUAGUUAAAGGCGAUGUGUGUUAUUUAAAAG